CUAUCAACCCCCUCAUUUUUUUCUCUCCCCCACCCCUAUCCAAAUCUGAACCGGGCUCUCCUCUCGCUCCUCCCCAUGGCACGGCGGCCCACCAUCGCGCCUCCUCACUGCCCCCCUCCCCUCCCUCUCCCUUCACUACUGCCCCGUCGAGCUAGCAUCUAGGGACCGUAGCUGUGGCCAUGGCGGCCUUGCCUACGGGGAUCAUCUGAUCAGCGAGCGCGGCCGCAGAGAUGGACAGGGACGAAACGGCCGUCGACGGGGAUGGAGAGCACGUCCAGCACAUCCUCCUCGCCAUCGACAACUUCACCCGCAAGGUGACGUUGCAGGUAUCUGAGAUGCUGGACUCCGGACGCGCCAUGUUCAAGGACCUCGGCGCCGUCUUCGAGGACCGCCUCAGUAGAGAGUGGAGAAGUGGGAGGAUGAGAUCAGGGGAGCUGCGCGCCCGCGCCGCCGCCAACGAGCAGAUCCGUGACCCCCUUUUUUUUAGUUUUUUCCCAUGUCCACCUAUGUAUGCAGUUCUGUAUCUUGGCUGUGUCCGCUCUCCGCUGGCAACGAGCAGUGACGCUGCGUGCAUUAGCUGUGUGUGCUGCAUGGAUUAGCUACCUCCCCCUCCGCAUGAGUUGUGUGUGCUGCGUGGAUUAGCUGGAUUGGAGACGAAGAUCUCUCCAUUGACGACAACUCCGUGAACCUGUGCUUCAUAUUUGGGAUUUUUCCUCUUUUCUUCUGCCUUGGUGCUUACCUUGGACUGCAGCCGUUCAAUGAAACAGUGUGGUGGAUUAAACUCUUCCUUAUUGUCGUGCUUUAUUUUUGGUUCUGGUUCUAGUUCUCUUAAUUCAUGCUGAUGUUGUAGUAUGAUGAUUUUCCCAUCAGUUAUGGGAUUUGUUGACCAGCUCGUGCUGUUUUUUGAGAGUUUUUUUAUGAAAACGAGAUGAAGCAUGGUUAGGAA